UAUCGUGACAACUAGGCCUGUGAAGGCUAAAAUAUAAACAGAGGAGUUAACUACAAAAUCCGUGUCAAAUUGGCGGUGUCAACACAUAUAUCGAGUCAGCGUCAAUGAAUACAUUGGAUCAACAAUGACCGAUGUGCAGGCGUCCCCUCGAAAUGGGGCUGGAGGCAGUAAAGGAAAAGGUACAAAUGACCCGAUCAGGUUUUUGCCAGUUUUACCAUCAAAAAGAAGUAAACCAUCUUGGCAGCAAAGCCAGCCACUGUUUGAGCUGUCUGGUAAACCAGUGGAAGAGGAUAAAAAUGGAAUAGAUCUUGUUGGUGAACUGACAUCAAGAGAACCAAAAAGAAGGAAGACUGGUAAACUAAAACCAUUAGACAAACAAAAUGGCUCAACAAACGGCGAUGUUACUCAGUUCCAGCAGCCAAAGAAAGACCGAGAGAAUUUCAGGAAGGCUCUCGUUGAUAUCAUCAUGCAAGAUGACCAGGGCUUGCCCCACAGUAGUACAGCAUCUAUGAAUGGAGAUCUGCCCCCUCUGUCCCGCACAGGUUCUCCCACAGGGGCCGAGAAAGAUAUCCUGCGUUAUUACUACUACAUCCAUAAUGGAAUCGACACAGAACAUGUGGCCCCCAUGGAGGACUCCUGGCUGGAGAAUGUCCUCAAUCUGGUCCCAUACGAACUAAAGACAGGCCAUGGAGAGACGAUAGAAAAUUUAUCCGAUGAGAUGAGAGAAGACUAUCUCCUCAGUGUGAAGAAGGCCAUCGGUGAGUUUUCCUCACACAUUUUUGUUUGA